AUGCAACCACCGCAGAAGCCGUCUGCUCCGUCUGAACCGGACGAUCGGGCGAGCAUGACUUCGGCUCAUGUGGAGAAUUCUAUUGUGCAUAUGACUCCUGACGGAAGUGCUCGUGUUACGUUAGCAAGACGAGUUGCUGGAAGUGGUGAUACUCCGCCAGGGAUGAGCAAGUACUCAUCGACUGACUCUGUACCUCAAGGAGCCGCUAAAAGAAUUACUUCCGAUAGAAAAGGCGACGAAAAAGAAAGCGUAGAAGAAGAGGAACAGUAUGAAGAUAUAAAAGACGUUGGCCUAUGGGUGCGUAUAGACGAUCCGGAGCAGGUGUUCCGUUAUCUGAACGAGCCUCUGAAGUCUACCGGUGAGCCGUUGGUUGUAUGGCCAAGUGAGGAAAUCCGACAGGUACUGUAA